CAACCAAUAGGAGCUUUGAGUAGAAUUCUGUAUACAACGGACAAACGAAAGUUUGGGGUUUGAAAGUCGGGGAGAUAUAAGUGUUUUGGUUAAUGUUAUUGCCUUUUAAUGUGUUUCAACUUCAAAAAUUUGUGGAUGUACUAGAUUCAUGAACAUGAAUACUUCAGAAGCGCUGGAUUUAUCAAAGGAAAAUAUUCAACCUCUCAAACAGGGCCGAAAUGCAGCUAAACUUGGAACGGCAUUACAAGCUCAGACGAAUGCAGAACUUCAUCAGAAGCUAUUGGCUGAGAGAGAACAGUUUGAACUGUUAAUUAGAAUGUAUGAGGGUGAUGAUCCUCUUAAACCUCAUUAUGAUUAUGUUCGUUGGAUAGAACAAAGUUUUCCCAAACAUGGACCAGAAAGUAAUUUAGUUCAAAUUCUUGAAAACACUCUUACUGCUUUUAAAGAUGAUGAACGCUAUAAACAAGAUGUCAGAUAUGCAGAACUACUUAUCAAAUAUAUUGACACACAACCAAACCCAGUUGAGAUCUAUCAGCUGGUGUAUAACCAGGGAUUAUGUACAAUGUGUGCACCUUUCUAUAAGGCUUGGGCCGAUGAACUCGACAAACUCAAUGAUGUGAAAAAUGCUGAUCAAGUUUAUGAACUCGGAAUAAGAGUUAAUGCACAGCCUCUAGAACUACUGAAGGAAGCUCACUUGCGAUUCCAGCUCAGUGUAGGCCGUCGCAUGUUAGGCCAUCAGGAUGAAUGUAAUGAAGAAGAAAUAGAGUACAACAGACAGGCUCUUCAUAAACUGCAGAAACAGAAUGUCUAUAGCGUUAGAGAUCCAAAAGGAGCGCCUGGACAAGUCAAACAGCAAACUUUGGGCAGUCGUAAUACUCAAAGUAGUGCACCGUUUAAAGUAUAUCAGGGUGAUGACAAUGACUACAAUGCAGGUGAAAGUCAAGGUAAAAUGUUUCCAAAGCAGAAGUUGGUGAACAAAGAGAAUACAUUGAAAGCUGGACCUUGGACUCAACAUGGAGGUAAACAUCGUAGUCGAGGAGUGACAGGACCAAUCACUCCCACUCCCACAUUCCAAGUCCAUGAAGAUGAAGGAGCGGAUGUGGGCAGUGGAACUCACAAAACACCAUCUGUGCCCCGAGCAUUGAAGCCUCGCAAGAUAGACAACUUUACCUGUCCACUUGCUGUCUUUGAACCACCAGAUCCUACAAAAAAGCCUAUGUACUGUAAAAGCAAGGUAUAUGCUGGGGGACGUGAGUUUCAGUUUGAAGAGUUGAGAGCUGCUCUAUACAACCGUCGAUAUGAACAACUUGAAGCAUUGAGAAUACAACAGGAAAUUCAGAAUGAUGUGAAUGUCAGGCAACAACACCAGGAAGACCAGAUAACUGAUGAAGACGAUAUUUCCAGUCCAGAAAAAGACAGAGAUGUUCCUACCAGUGGCGAGAAAGAUACUAACGUAACUCCAGUGAAAACACAGAUGCAGAAGUCCGUUACACCUGAGCCAACAUAUGAACAGCAUUUGCAAAGUCCAGUUCCCUUAUCCAAGGUACUUGUACAGACUGGUAUUAACUCUGAAAUAUGUAUUGAAGACAAAUUAAAAUCUCCUUUUCAAGUUCAAAAUAUUAAUAAACUGGGUUUUGAGUGUAAGACUGGACCAUUGGAGGCGAACACGUCUUUGUUCCAUUGCCAAUCAUUCACUGUCAACACAAAAGAGGCGAUGAACGUUGUCCAGGAGAUGUGGAACAGUCCAUCUCCUGCCCCAGGAUUUGGAAAAAAUUCAAGAUCUUCUAGAGUUUUUCCAGUGUCUCCAGUAGCACUGGACGAGUCAGGAGUUUUCAAAGUGCCACCUGUUCCACCUGCUCCUUGUCGGGCUGAUGAGGGAGAUCCAGCUGGAGCCUCGAAGCUACCGACUCCAUGUUUCCCGAUCUAUUGUGAUGAUGAACCAGCUCCUGCCCCUGCCUCUGCCCCAUCCUUGACACCUGCUUCAUCACAACCUUUCCAGAUAUAUUCUGAUGACAUGGAACCUGAACCACAACCUACAAAAGAGAAUGUUGUGGAUUCUGAAAAUAUUCAAAACCUCAACCAAGCUGAAAACGUUCCUUUGCCACUCCCACCUUUUCAUCCCAUGACUAAACAGCCUAUGUCACAGUUUGGAAGAGUGCAUCCACCAGGCACUGAUGCUGCCACUCUGAAGAUGUUGGCUUUCGAUUCAGAUGAUUCUUGUGAUGAGAUGCCGAUGCCAAAUAGAAAAACAGCAGAAAAUUUCAAACCACAGCACCCAUUGUUGGGAUCGAACAACAUUCCCACAGUGUCUGUCACAGCCCCAACACCGGUUAUUGAGAAACAUCAGAAAACAUUUGAGGAAGGCAUGAUUUCACAUCCAAUAUUUCAAGAUGAGGAUAAAUAUGAUGACAUGACAUGCAACACAAAGGCAUUUGAUUUUGUACUUCCAUCUUCAACACCUCUGGUUGGCCAUUUGAAAUCAGCAAACAAUCAUCAGGCUUCAAAACAAAACAUCAAUGGGAAGCGGGCCUCCGACAUUGUGCAUGAGCAUGCCCAGGGAUGCAACAGCCUUGGCAGCUAUAUCGGCUUGCCAAAGGAAAGUUUGCUGUCAAGCAUCACCAAAGUACUUGGUCAUAGGAUUGGUCUCCAGUUGGACGUUGCCUAUUUGCAGGAGGAAUACGGUGGGAAUUCUCGUCUUAGUAAUGAGCAUUAUCUAUGCACUUGCUGA